GUGAACGAUCGGACGCACCGGAUCGGUCGAGCUGGUCCCGUUUGGUCUCGAGCUCAGCUCUGGCAAACCGUCCCCUCGAGUGUGCGGUAGGUGUGAACAAUCCGACACCGUAAAUUGCUGAUUUCGCGUGCAUUUUCUUGAGUGGAAAAGCGCGAUCGAAAAAAAAAAGAUUAGAAAGGAGAGAAACGAAAUUCGCAUUCGCUGACCCAAGACCCAAAAAAGAAGAAGGCAAAGCCUUGCCGUCGGGUCUAGUGUGUGUGCUUGUGAUACUGAUACCGUGUGCCAAAAACAUCGUGCCAGUGCCAUUGAAAAUUACAAUUCUUGAUUUAAAUUCCAUGCAGCAGCAGCAGCAGCAGCAGCAGCAGCAGCAACACAGUUCCAGCUUCAGUAGCACGUGAUUGAAGUUUAGUGAAACAAGCAGAGGAGAGCAGAGCAGAAUUUUGGAAGCAAUUUAGAGCAUCGCGGGAGUAACGACAGUCGCGGGCAGUGCAGACCGAUCAGGUGCCGUCGGUAGCCAAACUGGCUAAUACUCGCUGCUAGUCGAACUCGAUCGUCAGCCCUUCGUCAGGCGUAGGGCUGUGUCGUAGCCGGGCCACCAUCACGAUGGGGACCCGAACCAAAUGGUUAAUCACUACCUCGCUGAUAGUGUGGUACGCACAACUGGCACAUUCGCAAUUUUGGUCCGAUUUGUCGAGCGGUGGCGUAGGGCUAUUUAAGCGCGCCGAAGAUGACCACCCACGGCACGUGCAACCGAACAUCGAUCCGAGCUACACGAUCAUCGACCCAGCCAGUGGUCCAGUAGGGCCACCUUCCAAGAACUGCACCUCGGGCGGCUGUUGUCUGCCGAAAUGCUUCGCCGAAAAGGGUAAUCGUGGGCUGCCGGGUCCGAUCGGCCUGAAGGGAGUUAAGGGUGUGCGUGGAUUCCCCGGAGCGGAAGGAUUGCCCGGCGAGAAGGGAACCAAGGGUGAAGCAGGGCCGAUGGGGUUGCAGGGCCCCAAAGGAGAUCGAGGACGCGACGGCCUGCCCGGUUAUCCUGGCAUUCCCGGGACGAACGGUGUGCCCGGGGCUCCCGGUGCCCCAGGAUUGUCGGGCCGUGACGGGUGCAACGGCACGGACGGAUUGCCAGGUCUGCCAGGACUUCCAGGAUCUCCUGGUCCACGCGGUUAUGCCGGUAUUCCCGGAUCGAAGGGUGACAAAGGGGAACCAGCACGGCAACCAGAGAACUACAACAAAGGCCAGAAGGGUGAACCUGGCUUAGAAGGUCCACAAGGACUUCGAGGACCCGCCGGUGAGCCUGGUCAGCGUGGAUUCAGCGGCACACCCGGGGACAAGGGUACACCCGGAUUCGAUGGUGUGAAGGGCGAGCGAGGUGAUAAGGGAGAGUGCUACAAAGGCGCCAAAGGAGAGAAGGGUGCCACGGGCCUCGAAGUGUACGAAUUCCGACCGGUCGACGCAACAACUGGCCCGCAGGGCGAGAGGGGCGAUCCUGGAGCGGCAGGAUUGCCUGGGCGACCUGGCGAAAAAGGACAGGCUGGCGAUCGCGGACAGAUUGGCGAUCGUGGCCACAAGGGCGAGAAAGGACUCCCAGGACAACCAGGACCGCGUGGACGAGAUGGCAACUUUGGACCGAUUGGAUUACCAGGACAGAAAGGAGACCGAGGAUCCGAGGGGCUGCACGGGCUGAAGGGUAACGUCGGGCCGAAAGGUGACGCCGGACGUGACGGUAUUCCUGGUCAGCCGGGAAUAGCCGGUCCCCCUGGCGCUCCCGGUGGAGGCGAAGGACGACCAGGAGCUCCGGGGCCGAAGGGGCCUCGUGGUUACGAAGGACCCCCUGGGCCGAAAGGUAUGGACGGAUUCCAUGGCGAAGUCGGCGAACGAGGCCAGACCGGACCGAAAGGUGGCCAAGGCGUACCUGGACGGCCUGGCCCCGAGGGUUUCCCUGGAGCGAAGGGAGAAAAGGGAGAGCCUGGAUCACUCGGCAUGCCCGGCACACAAGGCCCGCGUGGAUACCCAGGGCAGCCGGGACCGGAAGGACCUCGUGGAGAACCUGGCCAGCCCGGUAUUGGCAUCGCUGGACCGAAGGGAAACGCCGGAAUACCCGGCUUCCCCGGUGGCAAGGGCCAGAAGGGUGAACGAGGAUUCAAGGGAGUAAUGGGAACGCCUGGCGAUGCGAAGGAAGGUCGUCCGGGAGCUCCAGGCCUGCCGGGACGUGAUGGUGAGAAAGGCGACGCUGGCCGACCGGGAAUUCCCGGAACGAAGGGUGACCGUGGGGCGAAGGGUGACAUCGGUGGACGCUGUACGGAUUGUCGGCCAGGCCUGAAAGGAGAUAAGGGUGAGCGUGGUUAUGCCGGUGAACCGGGGCGACCAGGAAAGCCAGGUGAACCGGGCGAGCGCGGAUUUCCCGGAAUUCCCGGCGAGGAUGGACCGAUCGGUCUGCAGGGGGAGCGGGGCCAAAAAGGAGAGGCCGGUAUUGAUGGUCCGCAAGGAGCGCCAGGACAGCGAGGAGCAGACUACAUCGUCACGGAGGACCAAGUGAAGGUGAUCAAGGGUGAUAAGGGCCAACCUGGGCCACCGGGUAUCGCCGGGGUGAAGGGCGAAAAGGGCUACCAAGGAUUGGUUGGGCCGGAAGGGAAGAUGGGGCUCCGCGGACCGAAAGGAGACAAGGGCAGACCAGGGGAACCCGGAUUCGAUGGAGCUCCGGGUGCUUCCGGAAAAGAUGGGCUACCUGGCCGACACGGACAAACCAUCAAAGGCGAACCGGGGCUUAAGGGUAACGUUGGGUACGGCGGUCAAAAGGGCGACAAGGGGUACGCAGGCUUGAAAGGUGAACCAGGCAAGUGUGCGGACAUACCACCGAACCUAGAGGCCGCCAUCCGUGGACCGCAGGGAAAUCCAGGAGAGAAAGGUGCUCCGGGUAUUCAGGGCAUUCGUGGGGACAAGGGAGACAUGGGGGAGCAGGGCAGAACGGGCAUUCCCGGCAAUGCCGGGCCUCCGGGCGCCCCAGGACCGGUGGGCCCACGCGGAUUGACCGGCCAGCGCGGCGAGAAAGGCAACACGGGUGCGAUGGGGCCACCGGGGGCACCGGGAAGAGAUGGGCUGCCAGGAGCUCCAGGUUUGAUCGGGCAAAAGGGUGGCAAGGGAGAUCCAGGAUUGUCGAUGGUCGGACCACCGGGGCCGAAGGGUAAUAUGGGGUUGCGUGGCCCGAAGGGUGAUCGAGGAAGCCCGGGAGAUCGUGGAGAUGCAGGACUACAAGGAUCAGUCGGAUACCCCGGUGAAAAGGGAGACCAAGGAUUGUCGGGCCCUCCAGGAUAUCCUGGUGAAGUUGGGCCCAAGGGUGAGCCAGGGCCGAAAGGACCGGCUGGACAUCCGGGUGCGCCAGGUAUACCAGGACUAGACGGUGUAAAGGGAAUGCCAGGUCUGCGUGGGGAUGUGGGCGAACAGGGAAUGAUCGGAUUACCGGGCCAGAAGGGCGACAAGGGGCAGGCUGGGAACGAUGGUUUGAAAGGAUUUCAGGGGCGCAAGGGUAUGAUGGGCAGCACCGGGUAUCCGGGUGCCCGUGGGCCACAAGGAACGAAGGGCGAACCUGGUGAGAAGGGCGAUCGCGGGGAAGUCGGCCCUAAGGGACUGCAAGGCAUGUCCGGACCGCCAGGCAUGAUUGGGCCCAAGGGUGAUAAGGGGUUGGCCGGUCUUCCAGGCCCCGUCUGUCUACCUGGGUUGACUGGGGAGAAGGGAGACAAGGGAUUCGUUGGAUUGCAGGGUCUGCCGGGAGAACCGGGAGCCGCUUCGGAGAAGGGGCAAAAAGGAGAACCAGGCUCACCAGGACUGCGCGGCAACGACGGACUACCGGGCCUGGAGGGAGCUCCGGGGCCGAAAGGUGACCAAGGAGCAUCGGCUUACGGACGACCGGGACCUCAAGGUGAGAAGGGAGACAUCGGAAUUUCCGGGAUGGACGGAUUGCCAGGCGCCAAUGGAUUGAAAGGCGAUAUGGGGGUGCAAGGAUUCCCGGGAAUUAAGGGAGACAAGGGAACUACCGGCCAUCCGGGCAUUCCUGGUGCGCCUUGCAUGGACGGACUACCGGGGGCGGAGGGACCAGUUGGCCCUCGAGGCUACGACGGAGAAAAAGGCUUCAAGGGAGAACCGGGCAGGAUUGGAGACCGCGGAGAGCGAGGCGAGAAGGGUGACCAGGGGCUGAUCGGUCCUGUUGGAUUGAUGGGACUUAAAGGUGAUCGUGGCAUUCCUGGCGAGCCAGGGCUGCCGGCUACGGUCGACGCUAUCAAGGGGGACAAGGGCGAGCCAGGAUUCCCCGGGCCAAUCGGACGUCCAGGCAAGGUGGGGCUUCCCGGAGCUUUAGGUGAGCCAGGUCCGAAGGGAGAACCAGGUGUUCAGGGCCUGCCAGGGUUCCCCGGCCCUCCAGGAUUAAAUGGGCUCGUCGGACAGAAGGGUGACAUGGGGUUGCAAGGCGAAAAGGGGGACACCUGCCCGGCAGUGAAGGGAGAAAAGGGUUUGCCAGGACGACCGGGUAAAACUGGACGUGACGGUCCACCUGGAUUACCGGGCGAAAAAGGCGACAAGGGGUUGGCAGGACUUCCAGGACCGACAGGUCCACCUGGUCCCCCCGGACCACUUGGGCGCCAAGGAGAGAAGGGAGACCGUGGAGACACAGGACUCGUUGGGCGCGCCGGUAAAGACGGCUUCCCAGGCGCACCAGGGCAACGCGGACCACCGGGGCCUCAGGGGGAGAAAGGAGAUCACGGACCACCUGGAUUUGUCGGGCCGAAAGGCGACAAAGGAGAACGUGGCCGCGACGGUAUGAAUGGGCUUAACGGACCACAGGGCUUGAAGGGAGACCGCGGUCUGCCGGGGGUGGAAGGAGUACCGGGACUGCCUGGCAUGCAAGGAGAAAAGGGAGAACAGGGGCUUCGUGGACUUUCCGGGUUGGAUGGGGCACGAGGUGAUAAGGGACAGAAGGGAGAGACGCCUCAACUUCCGCCCCAGCGCAA